AUGGCAACAGACGAGAAGAUAUCUAAAAUCGAUAAGUUUGAUGGCACAAACUUUGGAUUUUGGAAGAUACAAAUGGAGGACUAUUUGUACCAGAAGAACCUGUAUAAACCACUUCACGAAAAGCCGGAGGACAUGACCAACGACGAGUGGGAAUUACUUGAUCGAAAGGCUCUCGACACAAUAAGGCUGACAUUAUCAAAUUCAGUUGCUUUCAAUAUAAAAAAUGAGAAGACAACGACAUCUCUCAUGGCGGCCCUGUCUAGCAUGUACAAACAACCAUCUACAGCAAACAAAGUUCAUUUAAUCAAAAAGUUAUUUACUAUGAAAAUGACGGAAGGGGAAAGAUUUGGAGAACAUCUAAAUGAGUUCAAUGAAAUGACGGACCAGUUAAACAUGGCCGAAAUCACGUUUAGUGAUGAGGUUCGAGCUUUGUUGAUUCUCGGGCAGCUGCCUAAGAGUUGGAAUGGCACGGUUACAGCAAUUAGGAGCUCUGCUGGAAAGUCCAUAUUGAAGUUUGAAGAUGUCAUGAGUAUGAUCUUGAUCGAGGAAAUACAAGACAGACAAAAGCAAAACAGAAUGUGGGUAAUAGAUUCUGGAGCAUCUUUUCAUGCUACCUCAAAUAGAGAACUCUUUACGAGUUAUGAACCAAGAAAUCUUGGAAAAGUAUAUCUUGGUGAUGAUCAACCUUGUGACGUAGUCGGCAAAGGCGAAAUACAGAUCAAGCUUAAUGGAUCUGUAUGGAAAUUGAAGGAUGUCAGACACAUUCCAAACUUGAGGAAGAACUUGAUAUCAGUGGGCCAAUUAUCAAAUGAAGGUUAUGUCAUAACUUUCAACAGUGAUAUUUGGAAAGUUUCUAGGGGUGCAAUGACCAUAGCACGAGGCAAGAAAAAUUGUACUCUUUACACCACAAUGAGUGCCUGCAGAAUAAUUGCAGUUACUGCUUCAAAUGAAGAUCCGAAUCUAUGGCACCAGAGACUGGGGCAUAUGAGUCAGAAAGGACUCAAGUACAUGCAUGAUAAAGGGAAACUACCGAGAGUUCAAUCUAUUGAUGCAGACCUAUGUGAGAGUUGCAUCUUCGGGAAGUAG